AUGAUCGCUAUAGGGGAAAUGAUUCGCAGACACCUCGUGAAAAUGAUGAUCAGCGUUACACGAGAGGAAGUUACGGUACGGAAGCAGAAAGUAGGAACAACCGCUUCAGCGCUCCUGUCUACGAUCCUGAACCACAUCGUCGCUCGCCUACCCCGCCGAAUAGGUCACGUCCUCAAGGCAUGUCAUUUGGCGAAGAAGAACGAUACAGACAAGGGUGGGGCGGAGAGCGAUGCCAGCGUCCAUGGGGACGUGAAUCGUCACCCGAUCGGUCCUAUGAACGCAGAGGAUGGCCGAGGGAGUCGGAGCGAUUUUCACAGUACGAUAGCGAGUCGGCCAGGAAUGGUUACCAACGGCGACGUGUUCCACAAGAGCCGAAGAAAUACGAGCGGAAGCACGUGUAUUUGA